UGUCGGAAAGUCGUAUCAAAGCGUCCUCUGAGCACGAGCGCGACGAGCAGUGUUACCACGAGAGAGAGAGUGAAAACAGAAACCCACGGAAUUUUUAUCUUUAUUUUUUAUUUAUUUAUUUUGUUGUUGUUGUUGUUGUUGUUGUUGAGGAGUGAGUUGAGUUUUUUCUUUCCUCCUGCCCUCGGACAGAGAGCUGAAACCUGCUUCUCCAUUUUUAAAGCUCUCCUCACUGUAAAUAGACAGAAACAGAAACAGAAUGACAACACAUUUCAGGAGCGGCCCAGCCUUCGGACUUUCUGCCGAGGUUAAGAGCAAGCUGGCAGGGAAGUAUGACCCACAAAAGGAAGAAGAGCUGAGGCUGUGGAUUCAGGAUGUGACCGGCAAAAAGAUUGGGGACAACUUUAUGGAGAGUCUGAAGGAUGGAGUCCUGUUGUGCGAACUCAUUAAUGUUCUCCAGCCAGGUUCUGUGAAAAAGAUCAACAACUCCCCUCAAAACUGGCCCCAGCUGGAAAACAUAGGUAAUUUCGUCCGUGCCAUCACAGACUACGGCCUGAAGCCACAUGACAUCUUUGAGGCCAAUGAUCUAUUUGAGAAUGUCAACCACACUCAGGUCCAGUCCACACUCAUCGCUCUGGCUGGAGUGGCCAAGUCCAAAGGUUUCCGCUCCAAGUACGAUAUAGGAGUGAAGUAUGCCGAGAAACAGCAGCGACACUUUGCUCCUGAGAAGCUCAGGGAGGGACGCAACAUCAUAGGCCUGCAGAUGGGCACCAACAAGCUGGCCAGUCAAAAGGGUAUGACCUCCUAUGGGACACGACGCCAUCUUUAUGAUGCCAAGAUAGGCAUGGAAAACCCCGUGGACCAAUCUACCAUCAGCCUACAGAUGGGCACCAACAAGGGAGCUAGCCAGUCUGGCAUGACAGCUCCGGGAACUAGGAGGCACAUCUUCGACAAGAAGCUGGAGCUGGAGAACUGUGACACCUCGACCAUCUCCCUGCAGAUGGGCACCAACAAAGUGGCCUCCCAACAGGGGAUGACCACCUACGGCCUGCCCCGCCAGGUCUACGACAACAAGUACUGCAUCAACCCCACCGACGCCUACUACAACAACGGGAGCGAGGUCGUGUACGACGGCUACAACCAGUAUUCUGACUAAAGGAAACCACGGGACAGCCUCACCCCUCGCCCGCCCCGUCCUCCUCCUCCUCCUCCUCCUCCUCCUCCUUCUUUGCUUUAACUUCAGACGACCAACCGCGACUGUCUUUGUGACGAGCAACAACUUCCCAGACUGUUAUUUAACACUGAUUGACGUCAUCGUCGUCUUCGUUCCCCCAAUUAUUAUUUUUUUUCUAAACAUGUUUUUAUCCUUAGGAAUUUACUGUUUGCCUUUCCAUGAGUAAAAGAAGACAAGUGUUUACACUGACCUUACGUCAAAGAGUUUUACGCCAACUUCUGUCGCUCUGGUUAAUAUUAUUACCGCUUAAAACACACACGCGUCACUCAAAGGUUGAGAUUUAUUAACCUACGCUAUUUAUAGAUUUUUUUUUUUUUUUUUUAACGGCUUUUUAUACUUUGCAUUUGUAAUUAGAGAUUUCUGACCACGUUCACACCCUCGCGCCUCACGUCUGUUCCCCUCCCAUCCAGUUUGAACACUGAUGAAGCCGAAUUGAAGUUUAAAGUUCCUUGACAGGAAACAAGUGACCGUGUUGGUGCUAUAGAACAUUGACCCAGUCGAGAGUUCACGUCCGCGUCGGAGGGAUUCCUCUCCUUGGGACGACGUUGAAGCUCCACGGACCAGAGACUGAUCUGGACGCACGACGCAGGAGGACUUGUAGCUUUUUUUGCGCGGACAUUGCUUUUGUUUCAUGAGCACCUGCGCUGACAAAUAGUCAUGUUGCCAAGCCUGCAGAGUUGUGCACUAUGCAAUUUUUACAGGGCUAAUAUACAUGUCUUUUGUUUUUUUUUUUGUUUUUUUGAGAAAGUAUUCUGAAAAAGGUUGUGAGAGACAUAGUCCUCUGUUAUUUUUUUUUUUUUAAUAUAAAGGAGUAAGUGUAUGUGCGUUGGUAUCCAGUUUGAAGUUUGGUAGUCACCAGUAGUUCUUGGGCUGCAUGUGAGUCCUAAUUUCCUUUUCCAACCAUCUACUUUUCUUAGGCCUUAGGAUACUUUCAGCUUUAGGGUUGUUCUAUUGCUCUAUUUGCACUUUACCUGGCCUCACCCUGUGUGCAGUGGUGGAAUGUACAUUUACUCAAAUACUUUCAUCCCUACAAACUUUAGGCUCUUAGACUUCAGUAUUUUCAGUUGAAGCCCUUGUAAACUUGUACUUCUGGUAUUCUGGUGGUAACUUACAACACAAAGUCAGAGCUUUCAGACACUAGCUAAUGUGAAUCAUGGCGAAUCAUUUCUGCAUCAUACUGAGAACCCACCGAAUUUCUUGAAUGUAAUGUUGUCGUACGGUCAGAGCUGCCAUGUUAGGUAGUAGUUUUAUAUAUAUACAGUUUCAGAUUGGCUUUGUAUUCUGAAUUGUGCUGCAUCACACUCCCGCAGCCACGAUUUAGGACUUGUAGAAGUGUGCCAUCUAGUGUUGUAAGACGUUUCAUAGCAAGAGGGAAAAGUUCGUUUACUGUAUUUAAAUUAACGCCAUCUCUAAACUGUAUUAAAUCAAUGUAGAUUCUUCCUUUUUUCUUUUUUUAACAGCGCAUUAAUUUAUCUUCACUGAUCCCCUCGGAACAACCAGAAUAGUGUUGAGUAAAUGUAACGAACAUUUCACCAUAUUGGCUUUUUUUUUUUUUUUUUUUUUUUUUUUAAAUA